AUGUUGACCAUUGAAUGGCAAAAACGAGGUUUGCCACAUGCCCAUUUACUGAUUUGGCUUGCAAGUAAAAUUCAGCCUGAUGAGAUUGAUUCUAUUAUAAGAGCUGAGAUACCUAAUAAGGACGAGGAUCCAUUGUUAUACGAAAUUGUUUGCAAGCACAUGAUACAUGGACCCUGUGGUGACCUUAAUCCCAAAUCUCCAUGCAUGGCUGAUGGUAAAUGUACGAAACGGUACCCACGGUCGUUGAUACACAACACACAAACAGGUGAUGAUGGCUACCCACAAUACCGUCGACGUUCCUUGGAGAAAGGUGGUGAAGUUGCUGUCAUUGGUACAAAGGAAAUAAAUAAUAGUUGGGUUGUGCCAUAUUCUCCUAUUUUAAGUAGAUGUUUUUCAGCGCAUAUCAAUGUAGAAUAUUGCCACUCUGUAAAGGCUAUAAAAUAUUUAACAAAAUACAUAAACAAGGGAAGUGACCAAGCUACUUUUGCAAUAGAAGAUCCAAAGAAUGAGGUAGAAAAAUACUUAAAUGGUCGCUACUUGAGCACUUCAGAAGCGUUCUGGCGAAUAUUUAAAUUUCCUAUUCAUGACCACUAUCCUGCUGUGUAUCAUUUAGCUGUGCACUUAGAAAACGGCCAACGAGUUACCUUCAACGAUGCUAACUUUCAACAAAUAUCACAGAACCCACCUGCAACGACGCUAACAGAAUUUUUUAAACUUUGUAGGAAUGAUAAUUUUGCAAAAACUCUUUUAUAUUGCGAUGUACCCUCUUACUAUACCUGGAAAAACAAACAAUUUUACCGUCGUAAGCAAGGAAAAGUGGUUCCAGAAUAUCCAGGAAUAAAACGAGACGAUACUCUUGGCCGAGUAUACACAAUUCACCCCAAUUCCGGUGAAUGCUUUUUUUUGCGGAUUCUGCUUCACAAUGUUCGUGGUCCAGUAUCUUUUGAAAUGAUCAGAACUGUUAACGGCGAAAUCCAACCAACAUACCAAGCUGCGUGCAAAAAGUUGGGACUUCUCGAAGAUGAUGAACACUGGAAAUACGCUUUGGUUGAUGCCUCCGCAACACAGUCACCACGACAGAUUAGAGAUUUGUUUGCGAUCUUGCUUAUGUUCUGUCAGCCAACUGAACCAAAAAGUUUGUGGGAAGAAUUUAAAGAAAGUAUGUGUGAAGAUAUUUUAUAUCAAGCACGUUCUGAGCAAAGAAAUAACGAGCUCCUAUUUUCUGAUGACAUUUUCAAUCAAGGUUUAAUUUUGAUCGAAGAUAAACUUUUAAUGUUAAGUGAUAAGCGAAUUGAUGAGUAUGGACUUCCAAAACCAACAAGGAUUAACCAAAUGGACUUACAGCAUCAAUAUACAAGAGAAAUCCAAUACGACAAACAAAAUCUACAUCAACGCGCCUGGAGGUACUGGUAA